GUCUCGACUGAGGGAGCAAGCAUGGCGGCCUCCAUUGCCAGGGGCUGCCGGGCUGCAAUGGCCCUGGGCUGGACCUUUCGAUGCGCCUGGGCUCUGCGCCCUGCGCCAGUCUCUGUCGCCUGCCAGGCCCUCGUGGGGCCGAGCCGGCGGCAGAUCACUGGACCUUCUGAGCCCGGCGCGUUCCAGCCACCGCCGAAACCGAUUAUCGUGGACAAGCGCCGUCCCCAGCGCCGGGAAAGCAGGUUCUUGAGUCCUGAAUUCAUUCCUCCAAGGGGAAGAACAAAUCCUCUGAAAUUUCAAAUAGAAAGAAAAGAUAUGUUAGAAAGGAGAAAAAUACUCCACAUUCCAGAGUUCUAUGUUGGAAGCAUUCUUCGUGUUACUACUGCUGACCCAUAUGCCAAUGGAAAAACGAGCCAGUUUCUGGGAAUUUGCAUCCAGAGAUCAGGAACAGGACUUGGAGCUACUUUUAUCCUUAGGAAUACUAUUGAAGGACAAGGUGUUGAGAUUUGCUUUGAACUUUAUAAUCCUCGAAUCCAGGAGAUCCAAGUAGUCAAAUUACAGAAACGGCUGGAUGAUAGCUUGCUAUACUUGCGAGACGCCCUUCCUGAAUACAGCACUUUUGAUAUGAAUAUGCAGCCAGUAGCACAAGAACCUAGCCAAGAAGUUCCUGUUAAUCAGCUGAAAGUAAAAAUGAAGCCCAAGCCGUGGUCCAAACGCUGGGAACGUCCAAAAUUUAAUAUUAAGGGGAUCAGAUUUGACCUUUGUUUAACUGAAGAGCAAAUGAAGGAAGCCCAGAAGUGGAGUCAGCCAUGGCUUGAGUUUGAUAUGAUGAGGGAAUAUGACACUUCAAAAAUUGAAGCUGCAAUAUGGGAUGAAAUUGAAGCAUCGAAAAAUUUCUGAUCUGAGAAUGAGUUUGGUUACUUGCAGAGGAUAUACUGACUCUCAGAGGAUUUAUUUAGAAACGAAUUUAAUCUCAUAUAUAAGGACAUAGUCAUUAAAUCAACCAAACAUUCAUUAUUUUAUGAAUAUUAUUUUAAAAAUUAGCACACCAGUUUAUUACUUUAAAAAGAAAAAUGUACAUGCCAGGUGGUCUGAUGUCCAUUCUCUUAAUGGAGUCAAAGCUACAAUAGAGUCAAACUGUUACCAGAAUGGUCUUCAUUGAGCUUGGAAUCUGAGCAAGGAAGUGGAUAGGAUGAUUUUUUAAAUUUGUGAAGUAAAUUAUAAAUUCAAAAAGCAUAUGAUUUAAAGAGUAAUAAUAAAAUGAGCAUUCAUAUACCCACCAUCAGGUUAAGAAGUGAAACAUUUGUAAUAUCUAAGAAGGUCAAGAAAUAGAGCAUUUACUA